GUUGGAAAUUUGCCUUGCCAAGAUCGACAAAGAUUUAAAGUUCAGCCCGUCGUGACUUUACAGUAGAAUUCAAGAUAAUCGGUACAAGUCCAAUGUUAUUGAACAUGCUCGAUGGUAUGAUCGAUGGUAUACUAGAUGGUAUGCCCAGAUGGUAUGCUUGAUGGUAUACUUGAUGCAUCGUAUGAUAACUGGAAAUUCUGCGUCACCGAGUCUUUUGUUUGAGUACUGUCUACUGUCAAGUCACUCGUAGUUAUACGUCACAUAAAGUUCAAUAACAAUCGUCACCGUAAGAACAGUCGUCACCGUCAAGAACAGUCGCCAUGAGUGGAUCAUCUGAAAGUAUCAAGUCCGAGGACUCGGCCAGCCAAGGUGGUAAGAGUUCAACAGCGUCAUCGAGGAUAAAGACGAAGGCCAAGAAGGCAGCCCUGGCAGCAGAGCUAGCAUCCUUGAAGGAACAGCAUGAGUUAGAGCUUCAAGAAUUUCAUCUACAGCAAAAGAAGGCACAGUUCAUGUUAGAAACUAAGCUCAAAGUUGCAGCAGCAGAAGAGGCUGUAUAUGAACAAUUUGAUCAGCAUCCCAGUCAACUCGACAUUAAGAUAGAACCCACAAGUGAAGAACUUGGUCAACAGCAGCAGCCCAUUCAGCCACAGAUUCAGGCCAGCGAGCAUGGCAACAAUGUACGUCAGGAGAAUUUGGAAGACACAAUGCCAUACCUGCAGCACAACCAAGAUUUGUAUCAGUAUCAGCAAAUACAGCAUCGUUUGUUGGAAGCAAUAAGCCUGUCAAGUGUGGAAAUCAUGAAGUUUAACGGUAACCCUUUACACUAUCAUGAGUUCAUGGCAUGUUUUGAUAAUUUGAUAGGCUCGUCUACACUAGACAGAGGGACAAAGCUUAUGAAGUUGUAUCAGUGCUGUGAAGGUGAUGUCAAGAACAUCAUACAGUGUUGUAUGGUAAUGGAUCCAGUUCUAGGAUAUCAACGCGCCAGAGAAUUGCUGAGAGAACGCUUUGGCAGUAGAUUUAAGAUAGGAGAAGCAUGGAUCGAACAGAUAACUAAUGGUUCAGCACUUCAUGCAAAUGAUAGAACUGGACUACGCAAGUUUGCUGACGAAUUACAGGUAUGUCUUGAGACUCUUAAGGCAUUGAAUCUGACAAAGGAAAUCAGCAGUAACAGAGAGCUGGUCAAACUGGCUGAAAGACUACCAUUUCAUCUCAAAGCUAGAUGGUUGAAAGUAGUGAGAGACAUUAGGCAAAGAGGUCGAUCUCCAGAUAUCACUGACAUGGUGAAGUUUGUAUUUGAUGCCGCCGAAGAAGUUAACGAUCCAGUCUUCGGUGAGCUGACUGCGACUUCUCCAAGAUCAGCAUCUAAACCAAGCUUCAACAAGCAACAUUCAAAGAGCAGCUACUCUACAGCAGUCACUGAUAAUUCAAGCUUUCCUAAGCCCAAGAAGUGCUUCAAGUGUUAUCAAGACCAUACCUUGUUUGGUUGUGACAGCUUUAAGUCUCUGACACCUGAUGAGAGAUUUAAAUUUGCACAAGAGAACAGACUAUGUUUCAAUUGCUUGCAACAAGGUCAUACCAGCAGAAUUUGUAAGUUGAACCGAACAUGCUCAGUACCAGGAUGUCAGAGAAAACAUACAAAGUUUCUCCACUUAUUUCGGGAAAGCUUGUCACCUGAAAGAGGUACUCCGCAUCAAGAGAUAGAGAAUCAGCCUCAACCAAAUAAACAUUUGAUAUCAUCUUCCACUCAAACGCCAUUUGAUGAAAUCCAAACAGCUCAGAAUAGCUUCAUUGAUAAGUCGGUCACAGGGGCCGGUAGGUGUGUACUUCCCAUCGUUCCAGUUAGGGUAAGGGCUCACAACGAGAGCAAGUCUGUUGAAACUUAUGCUCUCCUAGACACUGGUUCUACCAGCACGUUUUGUACAGCAGCCCUAUCCAGACAACUUAAUGCAGUGGAAAGGAAGCAAAGUCUAAAUCUAUCAACACUUGGAAGAUCUAACAGCACAGUAGAUACAUCAGUUGUUAGCCUCAUAGUAGACACAGGCAAAGAUACAGAGAUAGUGAAGUUACCACGUGUAUAUACAAGAGAGUCAAUCAACGUCAAAGAAUCUCACAUCGCCAAGAUGGAAGACAUCAGAGGAUGGAACCACCUAGAAGGAAUCAACAUUCCUAUCGUCACACAACAUGAAGUUGGACUUUUGAUCGGACAAGAUGUGCCUGGAGCAUUGAUACCUAUAGAAAUUAGAGCAUCCGAGGAUGGACCUUAUGCUGUAAGAACCAAAUUAGGAUGGGCAGUAAGUGGUCCUGUCCAGCCCAAGAUGCCAGAAGACAUACACACAGCUACUACAAGCUUUGUUGGUAGCGACAUCAAACUGGAGGAUGGCAGACUUCAGAGAUUCAGGAAGAAUGAAAGCUCAGAAGUUCUUCAGAAGGACAAGGUUUCGUCCGUCAAUGUUAGUAAUGCGUCAGCUUUCCGGGAGAGUAGUGGUAAAAAGGAUGGAGUUCACAACCUAUCGCCAACGUCAUUUGAGAAGAAAACGCCAAAACUACCAGACGACAUUUUGACUGCAGAACAGCGUUUGCAGUCGUCACCCAAGAGAUUACUGAUAGAUGAUACACUUCAGAAGAAACACCAAGUGGACGUAGAACAUAUGCUAAGUAACUACUCUAUAAUGAAAGUUAAUAAGACAGAACAAUUAGAAGAUAUAACCUCAUUGUACUUACCUCACCAUUUAUUCAUAAGUCCACAAGUUAUUAGUGAUUGUGUGGCAAAGCAUAAUGAAGAAGCAUUACCUGACAAGGUUCCACAGGGGCCGGACCUGGCCAAUCUGCCCAGAGUGUCACCUGGUAAACCUUUAUUUGGCUACAUGUAUUUUGGAGUUGACAGUUUCACACCGUACAUUGUAAAACAAAGAAAUUCAGAAAAGGGAUACGGUUGAAUCUGUACAUGUACAUGUUUGGUCAUAAAAAUUAUCUGAUACAUAUGUAUUUUGUUAGAGAAAAUAUUUGAAUUUAAGGCACUACAAAGAUAUAUUUCUCAUUGUGGUGAAAGUGUAAAAUGUAGCAGUGAGAUCCAAAAGGGACCAGUAUAGAAAUCGUAUUUUUGGAAAUAGCAGAAAGUUUAAAAUUAGUGAGCGAGGUAAAAUAGCAGUGUCUAAGCUCCCUCCUCCCUGGUCUAAGUGCAUUUAACAAGCAAGUUGUGCGGAAUAUGGAUUUGAUAAAAGGAUAAGGAGUAAAUUCAUAUCUGAGAUUUAUUUGUCAAAUCUGUUUAAAAUUUUCUUUAUAUUGAAUUUGCUCUUAUAGAACAAUACAAGAAGAUUAGUGUGGUACCAGGUCGAUUGAAAAUUGAUAAUUUGAUAGCACAGCAAAAGCAGGAAUUGCUAAUCAAGGAAAAGGAAUUUGCAUCAGUUAUCAAGAAUUGUUUUGAAAUGCUCAAAGGAAUGUUCAAAAAUUUGAAACCAAUCAUUCUCAUUGUUUCGAGAUGAAUGACUGUUAGAGUGGAGGACAUUUUCAAGCAGUUUAUCACGACAACAUUCAGCCAAGCAGCAAAUCAUUCUUAAAGAAUGGAAAGUUUAGAAACAUUCAAGACUUAAAACAAGACUAUAAUGAAUCAUGAGUUACAACAUGAACAGUUUGUAAUUGACGACAACAUGAAGAACUUUGAAUUUCAAGAUGAUGGACAUAAUAAGUUCCGAAAUUCAUUAAAACGUUUAUUAAAUUGUGGAUUGAAGAAAGACUAUAUAAAAUGGAUAUUUCAACUUGAUAAGAGACUAGUUGAUCUAGUAAAUGUAUCUCAUCCUCAGGAUGUAUUUUUUGUGUAUUUUGUGAUCUAAAAGGCAUAUUUGAUGAUCACAGUUGAUAAAGUAUGUUAUUCAAACAAGACUAUUCUUACAAAGGUGUCAGAUUUGAUGCAGAGAGUUUGAUAUUGUCAUUGCUGAUUAAGAGGAGACAAAAAACAGGUUCACUUUUGAGUUUAAACACCGACUCAAUUCAAGUGUUUUUGCAAGAAAAGAAUAGUUGGAAAUAUUCAAAGAGUUGUAAGGAUUGAAGAUACAUAACGUUAGAUUUAUACUUUGUGUAUAUACUGUAUGCUCAGCUAGAAUUGGAAUUUAAUCUGUGAAGACCCAGAAAAUUAUAUGAUAUUGUGUAAUAGGGAACACAAUGUUUGUAAAAAUAAUAGGACAUGGAUGUUAAUUUAUGUUUUAAAGGGACAAUGUUUUAUAGAUGAUUGCGGGAAAAAAGCAAUUCAUUAUUUUUCUUGAGCAUAACUGAAUGUCUCUAGGUCACAAGCAUUUAAAGUUUAUAUCAAAUUAUUUUCUAGACUGCCAUAUUGGAAAGGGUUGUCGAUUUCAAUUGUUGUCAAAGCCUAUUAUGUGUACUAAAGCAAAUAGUGCAUGUUAUUAUUUAUAUACAGGUACAUGCAAUUUAAAGGUAUUUGGAGUUCAGUGUAUUCUUAUUUACCAGUCAGUUCAAAUGAUUAAAGGGAAGCAAGAUACAGUGUAAAUUUUAAUCGUGAAAGAAAAAAUUGAUAAAUGCUCCGUUGUGUCUAUGCAUUUAAGGGGCCGGAGUGUAAGAUUAGAAAGUGUAUUUUUUCUUUGAAAUAUUUAACAUGACGUCAGAGACGUUAAUUGAGUUGUAGCAUCAUUUAUCUGGGUCGAUAGAGGGCGUUGGAAAUUUGCCUUGCCAAGAUCGACAAAGAUUUAAAGUUCAGCCCGUCGUGACUUUACAGUAGAAUUCAAGAUAAUCGGUACAAGUCCAAUGUUGUAAGUAAAAGGACCUUUAUAUUUCCGUAAUGUAAUGUUUAACUGAAUAUAUGGAACCAAAAUUAACUCGAGACGAUAAUUAAUUUGUUGUUAAUUUAGCUCAUAACUUUGGUGAAAGUGUUUGGAGUUUACGUAUAGAAUACACGUGUGAUAAACGUAUAUUGACAUUGUACAUUGAUAGGUAAUUGGACAUGCACAUGAAGAGUGUUGCGUAAUAGCAUAUCGGUACGGUACUGUGUGGUAAUCUCGCACACAGUGCAUAGUAGGCUAUUCAUGUUCAGAGUUGUAAACGAAAUGGAAUGUCAAAUAAACAAAUGUUGUUCUUUGUUAGCUACAUUUGGUUCUAGUUGUUGAAAAGGAUACAGUAUAUGUAUGAGUUUGGAAAUAAGGCAUUAAAGCCAGUUUUUGGUGCAUUUUAAAGCCCUGAUAAUCUGAUAAUUACAAAUAACACAUACAGUGAAGGUGAAAUGAAAGCCUAGUUAUUGGUUUGAGUAAAGUUAUUGCUAGUCAAUAAUGCCUCAGAGUAUAAAGUUUAGAGGCAAGGUAAUAUUUAAGUAUCGUAGUUGAUAUAAAGGACAAAUGAGACAAAGUAAAGGUUUUGUUUAUUUAACCGCAUAUCGCAAAGUUUAUUCAAGGUCAUUUGAAUACAUUGACAGAAUUUGAUAGGUAAAUUUGUUACAGGAAACCAGAAUAUUUAUUUAUGCAAGAUUCAAACGUCACAAAUAAUUUGUGCAAUACAUAGACUAUUUAUUUUAUAUCAUGCAAGUACAUAAAUGUAACUGCAUAUACAGAUGCUUAUUAUUGUUUGUUUAUAUUUUUAUGCUACAGAUUGAACAUGCUCGAUGGUAUGAUCGAUGGUAUACUAGAUGGUAUGCCCAGAUGGUAUGCUUGAUGGUAUACUUGAUGCAUCGUAUGAUAACUGGAAA